AUGGGUCUUUCAAAGCAGCGACGGGUCACUACAAAUAAAGGGAUGCAAAAAGAAGAUCAUGUCGCUUCUCCUCUGUCUGCGGAAGCUUUGGCGAUGCGUGCGGCUCUUUGGGAUGCACAUGAUCGCAGAUGGCAAAAUCUAUGCCUCAAAUCAGACGCAAAGGAGCUUAUUCAAGCUAUCAAAUAUGAGGUCUAUAGUAAGGAGACCUAUGGAACCAUCAAAGAUACCAAAGACUUAUCUACUUUGUUUGCUACUAUUUCUUUUGAGUAUGUUUCAAGAUCCGACAAUGUUUUAGCGGAUGCUUUAGCUAAAGCUGCUCUUGAGAAUUUCACCAUUGUUGUACCUUAA